AGACGACUGCCUGCUCAGUUGCUGGUGUGGUACGGAGCCGAGGUGAAGCCAUUCAUCGGAGCUCUGCGGUGAUGAAACUGUCAUCACACCAUCAUUGAACAUUGAGAUUCAAAUCUUUCGAUUGAGAAGACAAGAAAAAGGACAAGUCGUGUUUUUUUAUUUGUUAUCUGAAGUUGUUAUAGUUUUCAUCAGCUUGGAAGCCGAAGCGGAAUUCAUUCGGCCUCUUCGCCAAUUAGAAUGGCGAUGUUGGUCAUUACUAGGAUGCUCGUCUUGCCCGGCAUCUUAGCCUUGCUGUGCAGUCUGGUGAACGCAUCCACGUCUUCUUCCCACCUUCAUCAUGAUCAAGGUUUAUCGGAGAAAUUAUCUGAGGUGGCUAGCCGCGACGUUGUCUACCUUUCGAUGAAGCAGGUCACGCCACGUCGUCGGGCUCGUCCAGCCAAAGAAACUCUGCUGGCCAUCGAACCGGCUCUGUCAGACCAAAAUCAACGCUUUUCGCUUCACGUCGAUCGUCGCACUAAACGAGUUAUCGUCGAGACGACGGAUGCCAAAGGGACUCUCCAUUCGUCCUAUUUGUUGGUCGACGGACUGGAACAUCGCUCCGUCAUUGAGAACUUGGUGGUAGCGAUUCACCAAUCGCCAGUUGGUCAGAAACACGGACGUCAUCGGCAGCCAAUCGACGAACAGCCGAACGAGGAUGGUGUCGCUACGAUGGAAUCCGUUGACAAGGACGAAGGACAAGAUGAUGAAGACGAUGAUGAUGAUGAGAUCAAAGCCUACAUCUACGUCGAUUGUCAAUCGUUGGGCAUCAUAUCGUUGGCCGGAUCUCUGAGGCACAUGAUCCAACAAUCGCCAUCUGGAUCUCUCAUCGCGUCUCGCGAUCGAAGGUUCCCUGUUACGAUAGACUCUGACGUACCAACCGAAAAGGUCUUAAAACGUUAUGGCUGCCCAGCAAUUGACGAGAAGGAUAUGCAAGCUGUUCAGGCCAACGAGAUUUAUUCUUACUCCAGACGAGAGACUUACGGCCCUGUCCGCAACUGCGCCAACACGGUGACCGGCCAAAAGUGUCCGAUUUUCAGUCAGCCGGCCAUUGUUACCUCAUCUACAUCUUCUUCUUCCUCCUCUAGCGCGGUGAGAGGUGAUAUUCCCGUUGUUUCUCCGGAUUUGGACGACCGAGACGGAGCUCUCAUCAAGGUGAUCAACGAGCUCAUUGCUGCCAUCAAAGAACUCAAAGUAGAAGUCCAGGCAAACAGGCAAGAAACACGUCAUUUGAGGGACGCCCUAGAGAACUGCGAGAUGUGCAAACCAGGCAAACCGAAGAAGGACACUUGUUCCUCCACGCCACCUCCUUGCUUCCCGGGCGUCAAUUGCAUGGAGACGGCCGACGGAGUUCGUUGCGGUCCGUGCCCGCGCGGCUUCAUCGGAAAUGGACGAACUUGCAGGCCAGGAAUCACCUGCGCUGAUCGACCUUGUUUCCCUGGUGUUCGCUGUACCGACACCGAGAACGGUGCCCAGUGCGGACCGUGCCCAUCCGGAUUCGUCGGUGACGGUCAACGCUGCCGACCGGACAACGCUUGCAAAAGCAAUCCCUGCUACGCUGGUGUCCCCUGCCAAAAUUUGGAAGACCCUCCCUAUUACCGGUGUGGAGCCUGUCCGGCUGGUACAACCGGAAACGGAACUUUCUGCAGUGACAUAGACGAGUGCGAUUUAGCCAAUCCUUGUGACCCGCGAUCGCGCUGUCACAACUUAAUAACGGGUUUCCGUUGCGAACCUUGCCCUCCUGGAUUCACUGGCCCUGCCGUUCAGGGCGUCGGUAUCGAUUACGCUCGCCUUAACCGCCAACGUUGCGUUGACAUUAACGAAUGCGCUGACGGGCGCAACGGUGGAUGCGUGCCCAAUUCACGCUGUGUCAACACUGAGGGAUCCUUUCAAUGUGGCGAAUGUCUAGAAGGUUUCUUUGGCAACCAGGCAGUGGGUUGCGAGGAUACGCCCGGAAUGUGCCCGGAUGGGACGCGCUGCGACGCCAACGCGGAUUGCGAACGACCAACCGGAACGGGCCCAUACCGUUGCAAGUGCAAAAUCGGCUAUGCUGGCAACGGUAAAGUUUGCGGACCGGAUCGGGAUCUCGACGGCUGGCCUGACUAUGAUUUGUCGUGCACCGAUGACAAAUGUCGCAAGGACAAUUGCGUUGACACGCCCAAUUCGGGACAGGAAGACGCUGAUCGCGAUGGCGUCGGAGAUGCUUGCGACGAUGAUGCCGAUAACGAUGGUAUCCCCAACACUCCUCGUGCCUUGGGUGGUCCGGACAACUGCCCGUUGGUAGCCAAUCCUAGUCAAUCAGAUUCCGAUCCGGAAGGCUCCGAUAAGAAGGGCGACGCCUGUGACAAUUGUCCUACCGUGGCCAAUCUUGACCAGGAGGACACGGACGGCGAUGGCAAGGGUGACGCCUGCGACGAUGAUCUCGAUAACGACCGAAUUAUCAAUUCUCGUGACAACUGCCCCAAGACGCCCAAUCCCGAUCAGAAAGAUUCGGACGGUGAUGGCCUGGGCGACGCUUGCGACAACUGUCCCAAUACACCCAAUCCCAAUCAGUUUGACAGUGAUAGCGAUUUGGUUGGCGACGUCUGCGAUACAAACAUCGACCGUGACAAGGAUGGUAUCCAGGACUCGUUGGAUAACUGCCCGACCAUUCCAAACAGCGACCAGCGUGACGCCGAUAACGACGGCCUGGGUGACGACUGCGAUCCGGACGCUGAUAACGAUGGUAUUCGUAACGAAAAGGACAACUGUCCUAUUGUCUACAAUCCUGAUCAGCUGGAUACGGAUCGCAACGGAGUCGGAGACGCUUGCCAGGGCGAUCAGGAUGACGACGACGUGCCCGACUUUUUGGACAACUGCCCGAACAACUCCAAGAUUUACGCCACGGACUUCCGCACUUAUCAGACUGUCGUUCUCGAUCCAGAGGGAGACUCUCAAAUUGAUCCCAACUGGGUUAUUUACAACAAAGGUGCUGAAAUUGUUCAGACGAUGAACAGCGAUCCCGGUCUGGCCGUCGGUUUCCAUCGUUUCGGCGGCGUCGAUUUCGAAGGCACAUUCUUCGUUGACACUGAGAUCGAUGAUGACUACGUCGGAUUUAUUUUCAGCUAUCAAGAUAAUGCUCAUUUUUACACGAUCAUGUGGAAGAAGAACACGCAGACCUAUUGGCAGGCAACGCCUUUCCGUGCCGUUGCCGAACCGGGCAUUCAACUCAAACUGGUUAAGUCUAACACAGGUCCAGGCCAGAUGAUGAGGAACUCGCUCUGGCAUACGGGCGAUACUGAGAACCAGGUGAAAUUGCUGUGGAAAGAUCCACGCAACGUCGGCUGGAAGGAGAAGGUGGCAUAUCGGUGGUUGUUGCUCCAUCGGCCCAAGAUCGACCUGAUCCGUCUGCGUAUCUUCGAAGGCGAGAACAUGGUAGCCGAUUCGGGCAACGUCUUUGACUCCACCCUCAAAGGAGGUCGAUUAGGUGUCUUCUGCUUCUCGCAGGAGAUGAUCAUCUGGUCCGAUUUGGUCUAUCGAUGCAAUGACGCAGUGCCAGAGGCCAUCUACAAGGAAUUGCCGCCUCGACUGCAAAAGGAAGUACAGGUGGACCGCACCCGCGCCCCGAGUCUUUCUGCCAACUGAUCAACGCCAUUCAGUGAACGAAAUAAGACUGAAAGUGCAGCGCAUAAGCAAAUAUCAAGAAAACAAAACAGAAGGGAGGAAACAUAAUCAAACAAAAAAAAACAAAAAAAAAAAAAACAAAAAAACGCAUCUUCUCUUAAGAAAUUCCUCCAAGAGAACCACGAAAUAAAGCCAACUUAGGAGAGAACCAUUAGAGAAGAGUUGACGUUCGUUGAGAAAUUACGGUUGUUGUUUCAUUUUUUCUUUUAUGGUUAACAUUUUGUUUGUUUGUUUUCUACUUUCUUUGUUCGAUUUUCUUUUUCUUCUGUUUGUUUGUAAAUGGGAUGACGCCCCCCAGCCGGCCAUUUUUCAUUUUUGGUUGAAUACUUAACAACACGUACACAAAAGGAAAGAAAAAAAAAUGAAGAGAAAAACAGCGACAACUAAAAAAAAAAUUCACGUACAAAUCGUACACGCGCACUUGGUUGUUUCUUUGUUUUUUUUUAAUCACACGUGUUUUUUUUUUGUUUAAUUUUUCUAAUCGUCUUUACUGAAUUUCGGAAAUGAGAAUAUUUUGAAAAUUGGUAGUCUCAACGACAACAAGGUGGAGGAGAUGACACCAGCUUUUAUGUAAUAACGUGUAUAACCAACAUUAUUUUGUCUAAUCAAAGCAGCGUAUUAAUGUCAAUGUACAUCAUAAUCACUAGAACAACAACAAACAAAAUCAACACGACAAAAAUCAACCAAAAUACAACACAAAAAAACCCGGGGGCAACUGCCUCUUUCACAAUGCUUGCUCAUUAUGAAUAUAUAUGCCUGUCUAUCCCGAAAACCACCAGCCCCUUCCCCCUCUGUAUCAUCAUUCAUGCAUACGCUACAGUCUUGUUACAGAGGUUUAAAAAUACGCUGCUGUAUCGUCACACUGCCAAAUAAGGUGUAACUGCAAAAUGGCUUUUUUUCCGAAAUAUACAUCAGUGCCUAAUCCAUC